CGUCAUAUUUACAAGCGCUUCGAAACAGUGAAUCAUUUUAGUUGGUUCAAUUGAUUCGAAGCAUCGAAAAGCUUCGUUUCUCCCAUCACUAAAACAGCGAACCAGAUCAGACACAGAACAUCAUUAAAACAACGACCCUAUGACAACGAAUGACAAAGGUCAACUAUAAAACUCUGGGUUAUUUAUACACGUGGGUAACAAGACAGACCUGGGAACCAAUCAGAAAAUGACACUACAAGGACUACAAACACGAAUGGCAGUACAGAACGUCAAAAUAAAAGUACAGGAAAGGGGAACACAAGGACAAGAUACGUGACAGAUACUUUUUAUGGAAGCCGAUGCUGUAGUAAUGCUUCCUCCCAAGAGCUGCCUCCCCAGGAACUACAGCUGUAUCGCCAGUCUGUUCGGAAGCUUGGCAUCAUCCGAGCAGAUGCUUGAGGACGAAGAAAUGGAAGGAGACGUUGACACGAAUAAAGACUGCGAAACACAGGAAAUCAGCGUAGUGAAUGAGAAACCAAGAGGAAGAGAGGCACUUCUGAAGCCUCCACACAGCCCGACAGCCCGUCGCAGGUGCAAAUCUCUCCCCACGUCGGCUGAAAGAGCCAAGCUAGAGAUUGCACGAAGCCGGAGCCCAAGCAGCCAGAAAAAGGUCCGAUUCGCUGAUUCAUUGGGUCUGGACUUGAUCUCUAUUAAACACUUUAAUCAGAUGGAUAUGCCCGAGGUACCAGAGCGCAUCAUUGACAAAUUCAGAAAAGCCAGAACUCUCCAUUUCAACAACUUCGAAAAAUCCAACACAUCAAGUCAGUCUGUGUUUAUGGAGAUGCUCUUCACAAAUCCAGGUUCAUUGCCAGACUUCCCGAACAGAGUUAAAGAAAAAAAGGUUUUACUAGAGUCUGUUCAGGCGGAUGAGUUUAGUCUAUCAGGAAUCGUUCGGGUUCUUAACCUGGCAUUCGAGAAAAAGGUCUAUUUGAGGUACACCUUAAAUAACUGGACGACCUUUAUGGAUAUUCUCGCGUUUUACGUUCCCCGUUCAAGUGACGGGCUGACUGACAAGUUUAGCUUCAAAAUGAUCACUCCUAACUUUAUGGAGUGCGGAGGAACCCUGCAGUUUGCCAUCAGGUACUGUGCCGGCGGAGGUGAAUUUUGGGAUAACAACAAUGGGAAUAAUUAUAGAGUAAGACGCCACAGGUUUAAAAUCUCUCCUUUGAGGGAAUGGGAAAACGGAUGGAUCCAUUUCAUUUAAAGCACAAACUGGCGCUAUGUGCACAUUUACAAACUUUAACCCUGCGUCCGAAAUAUCUACUUCCAUACUAUAACGUAUGCGAAAUAAAUAGUAGGCCUAUGUCCAAAACCUCAGUAUGGAAAAAAACGACAUUUGCGACAAAUACCCGGAUGGUUAAAUCGUGAUUAAAUUGAACCUGUUUAAAAACACUUGAAUUACUUAUAUUGCAUUAAUGGGGUGUUUUUAUGUGAAUGAACAUACGGUCACAUGACAAUGAAAAUAUGGCGUACUAUGUCCGUAUUACUGCGCACACACACAUACGUUGAAUGUAGGUCUACUGUAGAGGUCAAUCAGUCGGUACACGGACGCAGGGAAGCGUGUAAAAGGCUUGGUUUAUAAAUUAGUGUUAACUGCGUGACGUAGCAGUUAAUCAGCAGUAAACAAGCGGUAUCAUUUAUAUUCAUGUAACAAACGGGUGCAUUUAACACACCGGCGUGCUUUUAUUUUUAUUCCCAUGCUUUUGCUGUUAAAGUAGGCUACCGUAUAUUGUGUAGUAAUUACGUAAUGCCUACUGCGUCAUAAUCACCACGCGGGGGUUUUUGUACAUACGAUUGUAGCCAAGGUCUCAUUGAAGCUUCAUUGUAUCUGACCCAAUGAUAAAUUAAAGCUGGUAUGUAUUUAAUCACUUAGACCUUUCAAAAGAUAAGUGUAGGGUCAGUGUAAGAACUAGCUUAAGCUUUCUUCACGAGGUUUAAAAUGCUAUUGCAAUGCAAUUGCUGUAAAAUUCCAUGUUUAUUCCUUAAAUGCAGUAUAGCAUUUGAUGGCUAUUAAAAAUAGACACCAUAACAUUCCAGUUGGGAAUUUCUGUGCCACUAGCAGCAACAAAUAUAUCUGGAGAAGUGGUUGUUUUCAAAAACGUGUCUAAUUUGCUAUGGUUCUCUCACACUGUCAAUUAAAGUAUAGUUUGGCUUCUCAACUACCUUUUCAAAUUGAAAAUGGAUGAUGUUUGCGAGGCAAAGACUGUCAGUCCUGUUUCAGUAAAGCCCACCUCUCUAUAAAUCUUAAACCUCUCGCCUGGCCAUGAUUAAUGCUUGCUUGCACACAAACUUUAUGGGGUAGUUCCCCGGACAGAGAUUAGCUUAAGCCAGGACUAUAAUUUAGUUUAAUUAGGACUUAUAUAACUAGUUUUAACAAACUUAGUAAAAACAUUACUUGUGUGCAUUUUAUGGCAAAACAAAGGGCACUGAUGUGUUUUAAGAUAUGUCAGUGCAAGUUGUUUUAAGUUUGGACAACUCUUACAUUUAUUUUAGUCUAGGACUAGUCUAAUCUCUGUCCGGGAAACCGCCUCUAAAGGUUUAAACUCUUAUUGUUGCACACAAAUAGCUAUCACUAAAGGCCCAUUUUAGCAUGGUUUAACAACUGUGAAAAAGUAAUGGUAUAAAAGUAAUAUUUUUUUAUGAGAAAGCCUUAUAGUAAUAGAAUAAGUUAAUGAAGAACAGAGAUAAAGCUUGCAGAGAUACACUGCUCAUUUAGCUUUUUAUGAGUUGACAGGCUAGAGUAACCAAAUUACAUUUUUAUCUUUCUCUGUGGCAAACUAACAAUUAUAAAAUACAUCAGUUACACGGUUAAUGUGUAUCCUUUGUGUUUUUAUUUUGUAAAAUAACUUCUCAGUGAUCCAUUUCAGAAAGUUAAUGUUGUCUUGUUGUUGACAUGGCCUAUUUUUGAUUGAUUAGUUGUGGCACUAUUGCCGUGUACUUUGUGGUAAGAAAUGGCAUUGUCUGAAUAAUAUGAUAUCAAAUGUUUGUUGAGUGGUAGUGUUUAAUAUACCUCACCCUGUGUAAGCUUCAAGUCUGAAGAUAUACUAUAUAUUGAGUACUAUAUAUGUGUAAAUUAAAAGUUUUAAUAAUUUAAAAGUUACAGAAAGUAGUUGGUUGUCGCUGGGCGAUACAGUAGAAAAUAUAUAUAUAUAUGUAUUAUAAGAUUUAUUGAGAGUUUAAAAUUUAGAAAUAAAAGGAAGCAGUCGGUGGUCGCUGGUCAGACAUCGGCUGGGCAAUACAAUAAUGGGAGGCCAGUAGAUCAAUUUCCAGCUUCACGACAGCAGGAACUGGAUCUGUUAGUCUCAGUGUCCUCGGGUUCGAGGAAGAGACAGGGAGAGAAAAACAAAAUCCUAUUAGCGUGGGGCCGCUCAUAUAUAAUGCAGGUGUCAUGGAGCAUAAUGGAUGAGAAUAUGAUUCAGAAAGAGCUUCCUGGUAUUUUAGUGCUUCCUGUGGAAUGUUUUUAACAGACACCAGUUCAGAGUAAGAGAAAAUAGACUAAGUUAUUUCACAAACAGACAGUAUAUUUUAUCACAAAAUAUUUGACAAACAAUAUUUUAACAAACAAUAUAAGCGUACAAAUAUUAAAAUGUACAGAAGGGUCCAAGGAAACCAGAGCUCAACAUUAAUGCUUUUCCAGUACAGGUUUAAAGGGACAUUAUUGUAACUUGCCUGAUUAAACCAUCAUUAACUAGAGCACAUAUAUCUAGAGCACAUAUUGUAGACUGACACAUAAAGGGAGAGGUGUCCUUAGGACACAUUAGAUUAUUAGAACGCGUAAAAAAACAUGCAGUGCUUUUCUUUUGACACUGGCAGUUGUUUUAUUUUUUAUUUAGCUAGCUAUCUAGUAAUGAGCAGCAAAACACCAAAUAAAAAUUAUUAUAUUUUAAAAAGAUUAAAAAUUUAACAUUAAUCACGAUCGUUAUGGUCUAUUUUUAUCUGUUAUAUUUAUCCAUGUUUUAAUUUGUUCAUGAUAUUUAUGUAAGUACAUUGUUACUUCGUAUGAAAGAAGCCUGUUAAUUAUGUAGUGAUUUUUACACGGGCAACAAUUGGGUCAUCAUGAGACACACACGCACACACACUUGAGGUGAAACCUCCAUUGUAAUGUGUAUGGCAUACUACCCAAUUGUUGCCCGUGUAUGUAUUCAUGAGAAAGUGUAGUUUUGUGUUUGUUACGGUCCUGAGAGCGUCUGCUAUCUCAUAUACACACAUGCAGGUGGUGACAGGUUGCACCUCAUUCAGUAUAUUCACCCUUGUUCAGUAUAUUGAUCAGGGAGUCUACCACUUUAAGUGCUGCCUCAAUCACAAAAUACUUCGGGAGUAUAUAUAUAUAUAUAUAUAUUUUAACUAACAGUAAGCAUUUUUCUUUCCAUGUCUGACCAUGUGAUCACUGUUGCUGUUUACCAUGUCACUACUGAUUUAAAGCAACUUAAGCAGUUAACAUUUUUAUAGACUUUGGUUUAGAUGCGUGAAUAAGCAAUUUACUUGUCUGAAAGAAAAAGGAAUUGUUCAUAAAAAAAAGAAAAUUCACAUAUACACACGUAUGACAUCCCAGUUGUAUCUGUCUUUCUUUUUCAGUUGAAUAAUUUUAUAUUAAAAUAUCUUUAUGUUGGGCCUCUUAGCUUGCACAAGUGCAAAGGCCAAUUUUUUCAUGUAAAAAAAACUAAAACCACGAAGGCGUGGACGCAGUUGUUUUAGUUUCCUUGUCAGACCCAAAAUUUAUGGGAGGAGAAUAUUUAAAUUCAUAACGCAAAGCGAUUUAAAAAUGUUUGCACUUAUCAGUUUUCUAGUAUUUGCACCAUUAUUUAAAGCCUAAUAAAUGUUUUAAGUUAUAUGUUGUGUUCGUGAUGGAAAUGAGAUGGUUCUGUAACGUGCGCCUUAAUGCUCAAGGUCAAGUCCUGAAAUGUGUAAGAAUAUUCAGUCCGAGUUUCAGCAGCAAUGUUGUAUCGUUUUAGUGACAAAUGAUUGUAACUGUGUCGCAGAUAAGUAUGCAUAAAGCCCUUGUCCUUUGGAAAUUAUAUAUCAUAGUAUAUGUGACUACUAAACAUACAGAUUGCUUGAAUGUUGUUUGUUUUAAAUAAGCAGAAGCUACACCACUUAAAUGCCUUUGCUUUGUGGUUUCUUUAGCACUGGUUUUAUUCUUGUUUUAAAAACAUAAUUUUUUUUAGUUUAACUAUUGUCUAAAUGCUUGGGGUAGUUUAAAGUCAAAUUAAAUGCACUGUUCAACUUAAGUUCAAUGCUGGCUAUUUCAACUUAUCAUCAUAAUAAUUUAGAUGUUUAAAGAAAUUUGAUGUUUGUGUAAAAAAACUUGAAAUGUACUUGUUUGUUAGUUAUAAAUAUUCUGUCUCACAAAUGUAUUUAUUUUAAUCUAUGCAAUACUUGUCUGUAAUGUUUUCUUUGAUUGUAUCUGUGUGUUGUUUAUUGUUUUACUUUAACAUAGUAGCACAUAGUUUGCAUGUAUUUGUGGCAAGCCUGCAGUUUACUUAUAUGGUGAAUGUCCAUUGCUGUAUAAUUUGUUGAACCAUGUAUUUAAAGUAGAAAGGUUAUUGUGUAAUACCCUUAUUGUUUAACCACUGUGCUGUGUUAAUAAGUAAAAUGAACACCAUAUUCUCAGUUAUGUUUGCUAAUAAAAUUCUUUCGUAUUUUAAAAUCUA